GCGGAGGAGCCUCGCGGGCGAGUUGUCAGAGCUAAGAAGCAAAACCUCUCCGGAGGAGAUUCUGAAUGAACCUCUCGCAGAUACAGACAAUGAAGAAUGACGUCUGGGUUUCAACCAAAAUCGCAGCCUCCUUCUAGGACAAGGCGAGAGGUUGCAGUGGAACCAAGCCAGGGGCCAGUGGUCUUCGAAGAUGUGGCCGUGUAUUUCACGGAGGGCCAGGGGGCUCUGCUGGAUCCGGAUCAGAGGGCCUUGUACAGGGAGGUCAUGGUGGACAAUUAUGGCAACGUGGCCUCGUUGGGCUUUCCAGGUGCCAAGCCUGAGCUCAUCUCUCGGCUGGAACAAGGGGAAGAGCUGUGGAUGCCGGAUUCUCCGGGCUUGGAUGGAAUGGAGAACUCCAAGGCCCACUUAGCAGGGGAGUGUAGGACAAAGCACUCAAGAACCGUGUGUGGGGGAAAUUGUGACAUUUGGCAACACUUGAUUUCUGACUACAAAAGCCAGACAGGAGAGAAACUGUAUAAAUGCUUUGAGUGUGAGAAGUGUUUUUAUUGGAAAUCACAGCUCAUCACCCACCAGAGAGUCCACACAGGAGAGAAGCCAUACAAAUGCUUGGAGUGUGGAAAAUGUUUUUCUGUUAAAUCAAAUCUAAUGAUCCAUCAGAGAUGCCACACAAAAGAAAAGCCACACACAUGCUUGGCAUGUGGGAAAUGUUUUGGUCAUCUAUCAUCCCUUGCAAUACACCAGAGAGUCCACACAGGAGAGAAACCUUAUAAAUGCUUGGAGUGUGGGAAGUGUUUUGCUCUGAAAUCGCACCUCAUGAACCACCAGAGAGUCCACACAGGAGAGAAGCCAUAUAAAUGCUUGGAGUGUGGGAAAUGUUUUGCUCAUCUAUCAUCCAUUGCAAUACACCAAAGAGUCCACACAGGAGAGAAACCUUAUAAAUGCUUGGAGUGUGGGAAGUGUUUUGCUCGGAAAUCACAUCUCAUGAGCCACCAGAAAAUCCACACAAGAGCGAAGCCAUAUAAACGCUCGAACUGUGGGAAGGGUUUUACUCAGAAAUCAGUUCUUGUGGCCCGCAAAAGCAUCCGCACAGGAGAGAAGUUGUAUAAAUGUUUGGAACGUAGGAAGUGUUUUGCUCUGAAAUCGCAUCUCAUGAUCCACCAGGCAACCCAUAAAGGGGGGAAAUACCACAAAUGCUUUAAAUGUCAGAUAAGUUUUGUUCAGCACUCGGCCCUUCUGCGACAUCAGAGAACCCACACAGGGACAACAUCAUAUAGAGGCUUGGAACGUGGGAAGAGUUCUUCUCUGAAAUUAUAUUUAAUGAUCCAGCAGAGAGUCCACACAGGAAAGACACCACAUAAAUGCUUGGAAUGUGGGAAGUGUUUUGCAAAAAAGACAAAUCUUAAGACCCACCAGACAGUGCACACAAGGGAAACAUUGCAUAAAUCUUUGGAGGGUAAGAAAUCUUUUGCUCAGAAAUCAGUGCUCAUAAAAUACCAGAUAGUCCACAAAGGAAAGAAAUCCUAUAAAUGUUUGGAAUGUGGGAAGUAUUAUGCUACUCGCUCUUCUUUUGUGGUACACCAGAGAUUCCACACAAGUGAAAAACCCUAUAAAUGCUUGCAGUGUGGAAACUUUUUUUCUGAUCCAUCAGCCUUUACAAAACACCAGAGAAUUCACACAGGAGAGAAGCCCUAUAAAUGCUUGGAAUGUGGGAAGCAUUUUGCACGGCAGUCACAUCUGAGGAAACACAAGAGAGUCCACAAAGGUGAGAAACAGUUUAAAUGCUCGGAAUGUGAGAAGUGUUUUGCUCAGAAAAUAGAUCUUAUGACCCAUCGGAUAGUCCACACAGAGGAGAAAGGCAAAAAACAUCACCAAUGCUUUAAAUGUCAGAUAUGUUUUAUUCAGACCUCAGCCAUUCUAAGUCAUCAGAGAACUGACACAGAGUCAAAACCACUGAAAUGCUUGGCAUGUGGGAAGUGUUUUGCUCAGAAAUCACAUCUCUUGAUACAUGAGAGAGUCCACACAGGAGAAAGGCCCUAUAAAUGCUUGGAGUGUGGGAAGAGUUUUGCUCAGAAAUCAUCUCUCAAGACCCACCAGACAGUCCACAAAGGGGAGAAACCCUACAAAUGUUUGGAAUGUGGGAAGUACUAUGCUAAUCGCUCUUCCUUUGCAGUACACCAGAAAGUCCACACAGGUGAGAAACCAUAUAAAUGUUUGGAGUGUGGGAAAUGUUAUGCUCAGAAAGCAGUACUCAUGAAGCACCAGAGAGUCCACACAGUAGAGAAGCCAUAUAAAUGCUCGGAGUGUGGGAAGUUUUUUUCUGCCCAAUCAGCCUUUGCAAAACACCAAAGAGUCCACACAGGAGAGAAACCCUAUAAAUGCUUGGAGUGUGGGAAGUGUUUUGCUCAAAAAUCCCCAUUUGUGGGUCACCAGAGAAUCCAUACAGGCGAGAAACCCUAUAAAUGCUUAGAGUGUGGGAAGUGUUUUGCACAGCAGCCACAUCUAAGGAGUCACCAGAAAGUCCACAAAGGAGAGAAACCGUUUAAAUGCUUGGAAUGUGAGAAAUGUUUUACUCAUAAAUCGGUGCUCAUGAACCACCAGAGAGUCCACACAGGAGAGAGACCCUAUAAAUGCAUGGAGUGUGGGAAGGGUUUUGCUCAAAAAUCAAAUCUCUUGAUUCACCAGAGAAUCCACACAGGCGAGAGACCAUAUGAAUGCAUGGAGUGUGGGAAGAGCUUUGCUUAUAAAUCAAAAUCACAUCUCGUGACCCACCAGAGAGUCCACACACGAGAGAGACCCUAUAAGUGCUUGGAGUGUGGGAAGGGUUUUGCUCAGAAAUCUCAACUCAUGAGGCACCAGAGAGACCACACGGGCAAGAAACCGUUUAUGUGUUCGGAGUGUGGGAAGGAUUUUGAUUGGAAAUCACAACUUUUGAUCCACCAGAGAGUCCACACAGUGGAAAAACCAUAUCAAUGCUUGGAGUGUGGGAAGGGUUUUGCUUACUCCUCAGCCUGUGUCAAACAUCAGCGCGUUCACAAUGGCAUGAAACCCUAUCAAUGCUUGGACUGUGGAAAGUGUUUUUCUUGGAAAACAAACUUCAUGAGCCACCAGAGAGUCCACACAGGAGAGAAACCAUUUAAUUGUUUGGAGUGUGGGAAGUGUUUCGCUUGGAAAUCGCAUCUCACGACUCACCAGAGAAUCCACACAGGAGAGAAACCCUAUAAAUGUUUGGAGUGUGGGAAGUGUUUUGCUCGGAAAUCGCAUCUCAUGAACCACCAAAAUGUCCACACAGGAGAAAAACCGUAUAAAUGUUUGGAAUGUGGGAAGUGUUUUCCUCUGAAAUCACAGCUCCCAAGGCACCAGACAGUCCAUACAGGAGAAAAACCCUAUAAAUGUUUGGAAUGUGGGAAGUGUUUUGCAUGGAAAUCAAAUUGUAUGACCCACCAGAGAAUCCAUACAGGAGAGAAACCUUAUAAAUGCUUGGAGUGUGGGAAAUGUUUUGCUCAGCAAUCACAACUUCCAAGACACCAGAGAGUCCACACAGGAGAAAAACCCUAUAGAUGUUUGGACUGUGGAAAAUGUUUUGCUUUUAAAUCACACCUCUUGAAACACCAGCAAGUUCACGUAGGAGAGAAACCUUAUAAAUGCUUGGAGUGUGGGGCACGUUUUGCCUGGAAACCAAAACUCACGGUCCACCAGAGAAUCCACACAGGAGAGAAACCCUAUAAAUGCUUGGAAUGUGGGAAGGGCUUUGCUGACUCAUCAACCUUUAGACAACAUCAGAAAAUUCACACAGGAGAGAAACCCUAUAAAAGCUCAGGAUGUGGGAAAUGUUUUGCUUGGAAAAGAACUCUCAUGGCCCACCAGAGAAUCCACACAGGAGAGAGACCCUAUAAAUGCUUGGAGUGUGGGAAGUGUUUUUCUCACCAAGCAAGCCUUCAGAGGCACUGUAAAAGUCAUGUAGAUCAGAAACCCACUGCAUUAGUAACAUUUGUGGCGGUCAUAAAAAUGAUUUACUCUUUAACUAAUCCAUCUGGACUCUAA